AACCACCUCUCACUUACCAAAACUUCCUUCACAAACAAUCCGUCGCAAAGGAAACAGAGACGUCCACAUAAAAAAUGGCCGCUGCAUCUGGGUUGACUGAAGAGCAAAAGGCGCAAUACAAGGAGGUGUUUGACCUCUUCGACAAGGAUGGGACUGGUGACAUCACCGCCCAGGAGCUGGGCGAGGUCAUGAGGUCCCUGGGCCUCAACCCAAGCGACACAGAGCUGAACGACAUGGUCAACGAGGUCGACGCCGACAACAACGGCACCAUCGACUUCAACGAAUUCCUCAACCUGAUGGCUCAAAAGGUCCAGAUUGGCGAUGCCGAGGAAGAACUCAAGAACGCUUUCAAAGUGUUUGACCGCGACGGCAGCGGCACCAUCUCCGCCGAAGAGCUGCGUCACGUCUUGACCUCGCUAGGCGAGAACAUGACCCCGGCCGAGAUUGACGAGAUGAUUCAGAUGGCCGACAAGGACGGUGACGGGUCGAUUGACUAUGAUGAGUUUGCCUCGAUCAUGAUGCGGGAGUAAAAAAAAGGGGGUCUCUGACUGGGAUAUCCAUUGUUCAGUUGUUUCUCGGGUUAUUUGGUCACGCAAUGCAAGUAGAAUGAAUCUGCUUUCUGGGGUCUCUCGGGCUUGGGUCCUUUUUCACACCAAAGCAUCGUUUAAGGGAUAUCAGAUCGAAACUCCUCGCCCAUACUUGCACUUUCGGUGAUAGGCAAGGUCAGGAUUGACCAUUACGAGGGCAUGUUGAUAUUUCGUCAUGGCGAGCCUAUUUUGCUAACCCGUUUUAAUACUACAUAUACUCUUCAUCCGGCUCCCGAAAACGCCUCCGAUCACACGGCACCUAUCCAUCGCAUACUCGUUUUUUCAGACGACCCACGGUACAACCAUGCAUAAGCCCGCGGCCAAGGCAGCGCGGUUGGUGAAUCUCAAUCGUGGUGCCGCACCCGGCGCGUCCGUAGAUGUUGGCGUCAUGACACUCGAGGUUUCAAAGACAAUGCCGUCGAAGUCCGUCCCUGUAGCGUCCGGGAAUCCCUCGCUAUAUGACGUUCCCAGGGCAGCAAACGUGGUCCUCGGCGACAUCGGCGCCGGUGUUUCCUGGGCGACCCCCGUGGUCUGGGGUAUGCUCGAGGUCGUUGCACGGGCGGCCGUCGGGGGCACGCUUGAUGUCGGUUUUUGGGUAAUGCCGCUUCCGAUCCCACCGUUCUUGAGACACUUGUCGCCGGCGACACAAGUCUCCCCGGCAUCGCAAUAUCCGCCGUUGGGGCAGCAUACCUUGCCAAUCGGGCAGCAGCCGUCGAGGUGGCACUUCUUCCCGGCAUCGCAGUACCCGCCUCCGGAGCAGCACUCGGCGCCGAGAGGCAUGCAAUCCUUCCCGCAAGCGGCGCGUCCUGUACCACACGGCUUGUCGUCACUGCUGUUCUUGCCGCAUUUUCCAUCUCCGGCGCAUAUCUCUCCAGCGUCGCAGAAUCCCCCAGUGGGGCAGCAUACCUUGCCGGACGGGCAGCAUCCGCUCCCGUUGCAUGUCUCGCCUGCGCUGCAGUAUCCGGUGGAGCAACACACUGCGCCAAGAGGCAUGCAUUUGGUGCCGCAAGCGGCCUUUCCUGCACCGCAUGACCCGGUACUGGUACUAUUUCCGCCAGGCUUCGAACAAAGACCGUCCUGGGUACACGUCUCCCCAGCAUCGCAGUAUCUUCCAUCUGAGCAGCACACCUUGCCGGAGGGGAUGCACUUGGAGCCACAGACGAACGUUCCGUCCUCGCACUCUCCACUACCAGUGUCGGAGCAGCCGCCCGGGACGCACGUCUUGCCGGCAUCGCAGUGUUCGCCAUUCGAGCAACACACCUUGCCCUCAGGCAUGCAGUAGAGGCCGCACUGCACUUGCUUGUCGCCGCAUUUCGCAGGAGGCCCGGAGCACACCUUGCCAAGCGGGCAACAUCCGUCCCCGGAGCAGUAGGCGUUAGCUUCGCAGUAGCCCUCGACGGGACAGCAGUUGCUUCCGAUGGGCAUGCAGUGGUCGUUGCACACCACACUGCCGGUACCGCAUGAUACGCCGACGGCGGCGAAGUUGAUUGGGAGACCGAAGAAUGAGCCCCCAGAGGAUAGCAGGGAGCCUACGCUCCUGAGGAUCGGUGUUUCGUCGGCUCGGGCGCGGGGGAGCAGGAUGCUGCCGGAGAGGGCGAUAAACACGGUAGGUAGCAUUUUGAGAAAACCUUGGGCUCCCUUCCGACAUGGAUUGUGGGACGAGAGCUAUUGAAAGACUCGAAACGAAAGGAUUGAAAACACCCACCAUCAAUCUGGCUGGGACGGGGCGGGACGAGCGCAGUACAUAUAUGUCGGUCACAUUUACAGAAGGAAAGAAGAAUGCCGACACUGUUUGACAGGCGGCACAUAGUUCGGAUAUAACGAAGCUAGGAAGACAUGUUGAAGCCACUUGGCAAUGUCUUCUGUUGACGACUUGACGCGGCAUGAGACUUCGAAGCCGAGGGUUGAAAACAUUCGUCUCCCCCAGAUCUGGCUGGCCAUGCCGUGAUAGCUUAGCAGGGUCUGGACGUGAGAUGCCGCCGCUACCGUCGAGACAGACAGUCUAUGGGGACAAGCCGGG